AUCUAUUGUAACUGUAUGAUGUCGUAAAUCAGUAACUUAAUUGAACAGUAACAAAAAACCCUCGGUUAAAUUUUAAUAUAUUUUAUUCUUGUUCUUUGCUUGCAGUAUCAAUGGUGUGGAAUCAUGUGGGCACGGGAUGUUUCAAGUACGAUUUCUACUACCUAGUUGCAGCCAAGAGCAGAGAAGAUUGCUUGCAAAUAUGUCAAGAUGAUGUGCGAUGUGCGCUCGUGGCUUACCGCAAAAACAAACAUAAAUGUGCCUUAUGUACUGAAGGCUACAAACAUAAAGCAAGCUGUGGUUAUCGUGUCGAACUGAUCGCUAAAGGUAUAAAAUGAAAAAGAUUGCUAACUAAACUAAUUUAAUUUUGUAAAUAUCCUUGAUGAAUUAAACGAAAUUUGAAAAUCAUUUGAUGCUAUAAACCAACCAAGAUUGCCCUUAUUCGAUCCCUAGCAAGAACAAUUUAGAUCUAAUAGAGCUAUCCAGUGUGAACACACAGGAUCAGUUGAGCUCAUUUCAGUCAAUUUUAUCACAUAGAUUUGAAUGAAUGUGCCAUUGGAGCUCAUAAUUGUGAAGAGAAUGCGGUCUGCGUAAAUACACCUGGAAGCUUUAAAUGUCGCUGUAAGACUGGGUACUACAAAGAAUCUGGACAACAUUGUAUUAAAGGUAUACUGUCGUCUAAGUUCGUGCAGAGUUCGUGUGAACAUACACGAAACGUGAUUGGUUGAGGAAGAAGAAUACACAACAGGCAACAGCAUACUGUAUGCUGCUGAAACAAUGCACAAUACUAAUUAUGAUUGCUAUUAUCUUCAUUAUUUUCUAUUUUUUUCAUUUUUAAUUUCAGAAAGAACUUUAUAAUCUAAUGUCCUCUAUUCUAUUAUAUUCUAUUCUAUUUUAGUUCCUGUUGUGGAGUGGAUAAGUUACAAAGAUAGAUGUCUUGAAGUGACCUCAACCUUUGCCGUGAUUGAAAUUCCAAAUGUUGAGCAAUGUAAACUAAAAUGUCAGAUUACUGUCCACUGUGCAAUGGUAGAAUAUCAACCUAAUAACAACAAAUGCAAAAUGGCGAAACAUCGCAAGUUCAAGCCAGUUCCCUCCUGUAAUUCCAGGACUGAUCUGUUUGUGAAAGGUAAAUGUUCUUCUUGUUUUCGGUAAAUUUAAAGUUGUUUCUGUUGUUGUUGUUUGUUGUUUGUUGUUUGUUGUUUGUUGUUUGUUGUUUGUUGUUUGCUGUUUGUUGUUUGCUGUUUGCUGCUGCUGCUGUUGUUGUUGUUGUUGUUGUUGUUGUUGUUGUUGUUGUUGUUGUUGUUGUUGUUGUUGUUGUUGUUGUUGUUGUUGUUGUUGUUGUUGUUGUUGUUGUUGUUGUUGUUGUUGUUGUUGUUGUUGUUGUUGUUACUGUCGUUGUUGUUACUGUCGUUGUUGUUUUAUAAUUCUUGUCCCUAUAUUUCAGCCGUUAUCGAAUGUGACAACGAAGGCAAGGAAUGCCCAAAGCAUGCAUAUUGUCACGCGAAGGAAGGCAAUCGCCUUUGUCGGUGUCGAUUCGGAUACACAGGCAAUGGGAAAAUCUGCCAUGGUAUGCCACUUCUAAAAUACUUGAUAAGUUAACAAUUACAUAACCGAGACGCAUCUCAAAAUUAGGGCUUGUUUAAAUUUACUUCCACUAACUAGUAAGUAUACGAAGUAAUCUUUUAAUAUAAGCAUAGUAAGCUUAAUUAAACGUAGGACAUUUUUAUUUCUUAAGACGUGGACGAGUGCAGUAAGUACAGCAACUUAUGCGGUCAGCAUGCUAAAUGUCACAACACUAUUGGUAACUACAAGUGUGUUUGUUUACCGGGAUACCAUGGCGACGGACAGUUCUGCAGGAAAGGUACGCUGAGGUAUUAAUCCCAAGGUAAUCGUACGUCAUCAUGAUCUUCACCAUCUUCACCAUGAUCAUCAUCACAUCACUAUCACCAUCAUCAUUUUCUUGAUAUUCUCAUCAUUAUCUUCACACGGCAUCAUCAUCAUCUACAUAUCAUUGUAAUCACCAUCAUUCCCAUGGACCAAUAGUAUUGGGACACCAAGUUAUAUUUGAUAUACAGGGGUGGACAUGUGUUCUUUGUCUAAUUGUAUUAAAUAUAAUUUCUUUUCAAGACAAGCUGAAGAAAGAAGACAUUGAGUUAUUUGAGAAGAACCACAAACAAAACACUUUUCAUACGAUUAUCAAUCUUUUCAAUAAUUCAGGAUCACAUUGUUUUGCUGCCUCGAGUCAAGUGUUCACCUUAUUGGCAAUACUCAUUGCAAGCUUUAUUGUAAACCAAUUUCAAUAA